AUGAGCGGCCGAGUCGGGGACUUGAGCCCCCAGCAGCAGGAGGCGCUGGCCAGGUUCUGGGACAACCUCCAGGACCUGCUGCCUGCCCUGCCCAAUGCUGAUGAGUACUUCCUCCUGCGCUGCCUCUGAGCCCAGAAAUUUGACCUGCAGAAAUCUGAGGACAUGCUCCAGAAGCAACAGGACCUGGACAACAUCCUCUCGUGGCAACCCUCAGAGGUGAUCCGGCUGUACGACUCCGGUGGUCUGAGCGGCUAUGACUAUGAAGACUGCCCUGUGUGGUUCGACAUCAUUGGGACCCUUGAACCCAAGGGUCUUCUCCUGUCACCCUCCAAGCAGGAGCUGAUCCGGAAGCGCAUCAGGGUCUGUGAGCUGCUUUUGCGGGAGUGUGAGCUGCAGAGUCAGAAGCUGGGCCGGAUUACUGAGACGGUGUUGAUGGUGUUUGACAUGGAGGGGCUCAGCCUGAAACACCCGUGGAAGCCAGCUGUCGAAGUCUACCAGCCGUUUUUUGCCAUCCUGGAAGCAAAUUAUCCUGAGAUGCUGAAGAAUUUGUCAUUCGAGGUGGCCCCCAAGCUGUUCCCCGUGGCCUUUAACUUGGUCAAGUUGUUCAUGAGUGAGGAAACGCAAAGGAAGGUAGUGAUUCUUGGAGGCAACUGGAAGCAGGAGCUGCCCAAGUUCAUCAGCCCUGACCAGCUGCACGUGGAGUUUAGGGGGACCAUGACUGACCCCGAUGGCAACCCCAAGUGCCUGACCAAGAUCAAAUACGGGGGCAAUGUGCCCAAGAGCUACUACCUGCGCAACCAGGUGAGGAUGAAUUAUGAGCACACGGUGACUGUGGCCCGAGGCUCCUUCAUGCAGGUGGAAAACGAAAUCCUGUUCCUGGGCUGUGUGCUCCGGUGGCAGUUCGCAUCAGAAGGGGCAGACAUCGGCUUCGGGGUUUUCCUGAAGACCACCAAGAUGAGCGAGAGGCAGCGAGCAGGGGAGAUGGUGGAGGUGCUGCCCAUCCAGCGCUACAAAGCCCAUGUGGUCCCUGAGGACGGGAGCCUCACCUGCCUCAAGGCCGGCGUCUAUGUCCUGCGCUUCGACAACACCUAUAGCCUGAUGCACACCAAGAAGGUCAGCUACACUGUGGAGGUGCUGCUCCCAGACAAGGCCUCCGAGGAGAAGAUUCAAGGUUUCGAGGCAAGGAGACCAUCCCCAGUGCAGUGA